AUGGAAGCUGUAGAGUCGAGCUACGGUGAAUGGGUUGUGGUAUGUGAGAGGAAGAUUAGACACACUGAAAGGACUACCCCCCCUGAAUCAUUGGGACCUCCCCGCUCUCCUUCGCCAGUAAAAUCCAACACUGCAUCUGACAAGUCUACUACACUCGUUGACAGUUUAGCUGACGAUGAAUCUGACGGCGACGAUGAGAGCUCUGUCAAUGCUGGGGCUGCUGUUGUGCCCAUCCCGCUGCUUCUACCGCCCAAGAAAUUGGCAGUCACUAGCUCCGACAACCGAGCUAUGGAACCCACGAAAGCUAGGGUGCCUUCUGGCGUUUCGGAGUCUGAGACAGCCGUGCCAGAGUGGUAUAGGAGAGAUCCGUCAUCAGAGAUUGAACCUGAAAGCCCUUCGUUUCUUCCAAUCGAAGAAGUCGACGAACCCUAUGAUGAAGAGAAUCACACCUUUGACGGCACCAGAGACGUAAUGCCAGUCCAGUCACAAUUACCAACGCCAAGCAUCGAACAAGACUUUAACUCCUCGAUAUUGUCAACUCAGUACCCCGAAACACCAGACCACAGCUUCGCACAGAAUUUCGAUAGAGAUAUCUCUCCUGAAUUACCACCACUUCGACCCCUUCCUCUUCCAAGGCAGAAUAUUGAUCCAUCCCGGACUCUUACUAUCACUCAGCCUUCGUCGAGCUAUUUCGGCGGCCUAUCUAGUGACCCACCUGAGGUAUCAGCUUCUCCUGAUAUUCCUCGAACCCGAAUUCGUGAAGCAGAGUACACUCAAGCUAGCCCCCCCAGCACUCCGCCUAUGUUGCCCAUGAUUUCACGGGAAUCCUCUUUGGCACCUCUGGAUAGCCCUCUAUUGCCAGAUCGGAACAUCGAUGAUCUAGAUAUGUACAACAUGCGAAUUGAGGACUCAUUCAACGAAGACUUUGACGAUUCCUUUUCAAUCGCUGAAUACCCCACUGCUUUCGACCGUCGCAGUAGCGUUGGCGACCAACACCUUCAACAACAAAUCAGUCAGAUCAUUGACUCGAUACCCGCCAAGAUCAAGCUAACUAAUGACUCUUCUUCGAGAGUCAACCUGAAUCCCCCGGAUGUGCAGCUGCCACGCAUCAGAAAGAGGCCUUCCAUCGAGCCUUUCCGAAGAAGUGCCUCGAAUCUUUCAUCCCGUGCUGGCACGCCCUCAUUCACCCUUUCGCCUGCCAAGAACACGAGGGUACGGAACCGUGGCCACCACGAGAUUAAGGUCUACCAUCUUUCUCGUUCGUCCGGCGAGGCUCCAAUUAAACUGUUCAUUCGCUGUGUUGGCGAACAGGGGGAACGCGUCAUGGUUCGUGUGGGUGGCGGCUGGGCAGAUCUAGGUGAAUAUCUCAAGGAGUAUGCUAGCCACCACAAACGCCGAUCCGCUACAGCCAACGCCAAAGUCGAGGUUCUUCCGGAAUCUCCUGGAGCAUCAAGGUCCAAUAUGGGGUCAAGUCCAAGUGGACGACCUCAAUCUGCAGUUGAAUUAUCCCCCAUGUCUCCAUUGUCCGUUCGUAAGACGCGACGGAGCGCUGGUGCCGUGGGUAGUGAAGCACCCAAACUGAAUUCCAAAACAUACGCCUUUGGCCCUGCGCUUGGUGAGGAGGACCCCUCAGAAGUGUUCAACCGGUCGCGGUCCAACUCUCACCUCGAUUGGAAUGAAGACGAGAGCUCUUUCCUUGGACUUGCGGGGCCUACAGGCAAGAAAGUUGAGAUGAGUGAAGAAAACAAAGCAUGGGUCGCAAGUGUCAAGGAAAAGGUCAGAAUCGCUAGCGGCGAGCGAAGUCGGCUUCCAUCAACGAGCAGCCAGUUUGGUGAGCUCGGUAGAAUUGGUGGCACAAAGCGACUAUUCCUCAAAUCCGAAGACCGUCGGGAAUCCAAAGGCGGUCGCGAAUCGAGAGGAGGCCGAGAGUCACGGGGAAGUGUCCGAUGA